AUGAUCUUUGGAGGAGCUUUUGGUUUAAUUUUUAUCGGAUUCAUUUCAAUACUUUUCAUUAUAUGGUUAAUUAUUCGUUGUUUUCUAAUUUAUCUCAAAUGGUUUCAUAAAAUUAAUAUAAAAUAUAGUUCGAUUGGUCUUGGUGGUAUAGAAAAUUUCGAUAUAAAUCAUAAUUUAUUUCAUCUUCAUAUUAAAUAUAUUAAUUUUUUAUCAUCAUUUUCAAUAUUUAUUUUACGUUUACCAAUUAUAUCAAUAGAUAAUAUUCAUUUAAAAAUUAAUUCAAUUAAAAAUAAAAUUAUUAAUAAAAAGAAACAAAAAAAAGAUUGGCAUAAAAAAUUAUAUUUUCUUAAAUAUGUAUCUAUUCGAAUUGAACAAUUACAAAUUCAAUAUGAAAAUAUAAAUAUUUUUUUUCAUCAUAUUACAUUACAUCCAUCUGCUACACCUAACACUACAAAUUCUGAUACAUGGAUUAAUUGUGAAUAUAUUGAAUUAUCAAUUAUUGAUAAAAUAGAACAGUUUUCUUCUAAUAAUUCAUCUUUUGUAUUAUUAAAAUCAACAUGGCAUAGUGUUGAAAUACAAACUAAUUUUGAUCAAAAUUUACUCAUUAAUUCAACUCAUUGGUCUAUUGAGUUAGAUUAUAAAUUAUUUGAUUAUUUAAAACAAAAACAAACUCAUUCUACUGUACAACAAUAUCAACGUGAAACAUCAAAUUUUCUUUAUGAAGAUCCAAAUUUAUUAUCAAUAACUCAAACAACACAUUCAAAUAAUUUAUUAAUUAAAUUUGAUCAAUGGGUUGAAUUUUUUUAUGAUCCAUUUAUUAAUAUAUGUAUUAGACAAAUUGAUUUACAAUAUAGAUCAAUAGAUAAUGCUCUUCAUUAUCAUACAUUUGACAAAGUUGAUUUUUCGUUCCAUAAUUCUUCAAAUGGAUCUCUUCAAACACAACAUGCAUAUAUCGCCAAUAUCCGUCUUCAUUCUCAUUCAACUCUUCUUCUCCAUGGCUUAUGUCAAAUAACAAUAUUUCCUACUCGUCUUGAUAUUGCAUGUCAAUUCAAUGAACUUAAUAUUGAAUUAUGUGAAGAUACUAUUCAACAAUUCCAUACAUUAUUAUCCUCUCGAUCAUCAACAUCAUCUAAUAAUACAUGGAAAUGUGAUCGACAAAUAGAUAUAUCAUUUCAAUUUUUAAAUCCAUUUAUGCGUUUAAAAAUGAACGAUAUUAAUGAAUUGUUUAUUUGGCAAAUAAAUUUUUUCAAAUUAAGUUUUCAUUCUAAUGAAAAUUCAGAAACAAAAACAUUAAUCGAAUUAAAAAACAUGUUAAUAUAUACAUCAAAUAAUAAUGAUAGUUUUUCUCAAUCAUUAAUUGAUGAUCUUAGUAGACAACAUUUAUGGUAUUGUCUAUUAUAUUUACCAAAUGCUAGUAUAACUAUCUCAAAAAUAUAUACAACACAUGUGGAAAUUGAAAUCAUUGGAAUACGUUUACAAUCAAAUCAUAUUUUAAUAUCUUUUUUAAAACGUCUACAAAUAAUUUUAUCUUCAUCAAAAAAAUCAAAAAUAAAUUCUAAUCGUUUUAAUGAAAUAUCUUUACAUAUGAAAUCUAUUACAAUAAUUAUAUGUGAUACUGUGCCCGUAUAUUUAUGUUUAUCAAUAUCAACAAUACGUGCAAGUCGAACACAAAUAGAAAUGAAAAAAAAUUUAAUAUAUUUUGAUAAUCAACCAUCGGAUAAAAUUCCAUUAACUUCAUUAACACAUGGUCAAAAAAUAUUUGAUGUUCGUCGUAUUUCUAUUCAACAUCAUCCAAAUAAUUAUACGAUAAAAAUAUCUGUUCCACAUGAUUUAACAUUUGUUUUAUCAACUAAACUUUAUCUAUUUCUUUAUCGUUAUAUAUCAUCAUUAAAAUUCAAUAAUGAUAAAACAACAAUAGUAUCAAAUAAUGAUGAUAAUAAUAAAAAUCAAACAAUAGCAAAUGAUAUUGAAUUUAAAGUAGAUAAAUGUGCUCAUAUUCAUUUACAAUUAUCAACUGAUAGCAGGAUUCUAUUAGAACUUCAUCAAUUUUCAUCUCGAUUUGUACGUAAUAGUUUAAUUGAUAAUGAAACACAAAUGCAAUUAAAAUGUUCACAAUUAACAGUCGAUUGGCAACAACAAUGUCUUUUUGUUGUACAUGAUAUAUCAUUUAUACGUCUUAUUCAAUCCGAAAUUUUAACAACAGAACGAAUUUUAUUACAAAAAACAAUUGGUUCACUUGAUAUGCUUCAUAAUCGAGCUAGUCUAUUACAAAUUAAUUCAUUUUCUAUUCAUUUUCCUUUUGAUUCAACAUUUAAUGAAGUUAUUGAAAAGUUUAUUAAUAUUCGUAAAUGGUUAAAACGUCUUCAUAAAACUAAUGGUGAUAUGUCAUCAACAUUUUUAAGUCAAGUUCCAAAACAUACUAUAUCAAAUGAAGUUUGGACAGAUUUAUCAAUAAAAAUAAAUGAAUUUGAAUUAACUAUAAUUGAUGAUUUAUUUGAAGUUAAAUUAUUUCAAAAUUAUUGUUUAAUGGCUGAUGAAUAUCAUGAACGUGAACUACGUGAACAAGAAUUACAACAUCGUAUUGAUGGACAUGAAAAAAUAUCUCAACCAUUAAAUAAUAUAAAUGAAUUAAAAAAAGCUUUAAUGGAAGCUAAUUCACGUGUAUAUAUAAAACGUUGUCAAAAAACAAAUUAUGAUGAAAAUAAUCAACGAAUAAAACGUAAUUUAAUACGUUGGCAUUUACGACAAGUUGAUUUAAUUGCAUUAGCUGAUCAAUCAUGGACAGGAAAAGAAAAUAUAUUAAAUAUAAUACAUCGUAUUGAUUAUGAUAGUCCAAGAAUACCAAUUGAUACAAGUGAUUUAUGUACAAUAUGGUGUCGUUAUGUUAUAUUAAAAUGUGAUGAUUGGUCAAUACAUUUUCGAGAUUUUCGACAACCAUUAUGGCAAAUGCAACAAUUUCAUCUUUGGGGACAUAUUUGUGCAGCUGAAACUACACCAGAUAGUUUAGAUUCUAUAAGAACACCUUGGAUUGAUAUUGGUGAACCUUAUUCACCAAGUCGAGUUCAAGUUCAAAGACUUUUAUCACCAUUAAAAUUUUAUCAUGAUAUUAAUUCAGAUAUUGAUUCUUUUGUUAUAUCUUUUGGACCAGCUUGGGAAAAUACCAUAGCUCAAGUUAAUUUAUGUUUAAAUAGUAUAACACCUCGUACAGUAGAUCCUUCUUCAUUACUUCCAUGGUGGGAUAAAAUUCGUCUUUAUCUUCAUGGUCGAUGGUCAUUUGCUGCAAAUAAAAUGUCAUGGCUUUAUCAUGUUGGUUCAAAUCCAUAUAAUGAUACUGAAGAAAUGGAAUGGGUAUGGGAUCAAGCAUAUGUUGAUUGGACAAAUGGAAAAUUUAUAAUAAAAGCAUCAAGUCUUUCUAUUAAAUUAAGAACAAGUUCAAAAUAUGAUGAUUGUUGUUUACUUUAUUUACCAAAUGUUGAUACAAGAAUAUCACUCAAGUGGUUGUGUGCUGGUAAUCCAAAUGAUCACAAUGCUGUUCGACUUGCUACACGUGAUGCCGUUAAAUCAAGACAAAAACAAGAGUCAUAUGAUUCUUAUGCUUUAUAUCGUUCACUUCAUUUGAAUGUAACAGCUAAAUUUGAAUGUAAAGACGUACCUGAAGGUGAAACACCACCAACAUGUACUAUCUAUGCAAGUACAUUGCGGUUUUGUGAAGGUGUUAAGAAUACAAUGAUGUCAAUAACUCGACCAACGCGUCGUGGACGUUUAUUUUUAUCACCAGGUGAAACUGUUGUUCCACCACGUAAACCUCUAUUAUCUCGUCAUUAUCAAACUGCUGAAUUACAAUUAAUUUUACCUCAGUUUCGUGUUAAAUAUUUAACAUCAUUUGCACGUCAAACUGGUGCACAAGUUGAUUGUCGUUUAUUUAAUUUUAUAACAUAUCAAGAAUUACAUUUAAUUGAUCAUCAUGAUGGUCUAUCACGACGUGCUAGAAUAUUAUGGAAACCAAAAAUGAUGAAUGUUAAUUUAGAACGUGCACAAAUGUGGUUAUUACGUGAUGCUAAUGAAGAUAAAGAAAUAAAUGAAAUAUCAAAUAAAUCUGAUAAUAAACAAGAACCACAACAACAACGAACAUUUUUUCUUAGUUUAGAUAGUCUUGUUUAUAUACGUUCACCAUCAACAAAUAGUAAAACAAGUACACAUUCAGUAUUAAUCGAUGGAUUAAAAGCUGUUUGGAAUUUAAAAAAUCGUCGUACACUUUUUCUUGUUUAUGAACGUUAUCGUCGAAAUAAUAUACUUCGUUCAAAUCUUUCAAAUCCAUUUGCUAAAGAACUUGAACAUUUACAACAAGAAAAAAAUGCUAAUACACCAUCAAAUCCAUCACCAUCGGAUGAUAAUAUAACUAUAAAUGAUGAAUUAAAUUCAACAAUACCACCAGCAGCAGCAUCAACUACAACAUCAGUAACUGUAACAACAAAUGGUACAACUUCACAACCAUCAACAUUAGCUUCAUUUCUUGAUCAACUUAUUAAUGAAAGUCAACAUAAACCAAGUGUUGAUCUUGAUCCUGUUGUCGAUGCAUCUGUAUCUUUAGUUGGUCUUCGUCAAUGUACAAAAGAUGAUGUUGAAGAACAUACAUUACAUAUUGAAUUAGGUGAUGGUCAAAUAGCUUUACGUGGUAUUGAAUCACGUGGUUAUGUUAUAUUAUCAGCUGGUAUUGCAUUAGUUGAUCAAUAUCGUCAUAAACCUGUUUGGCGUGAUCAACAAUUAUGUGAUAAAACAUCAUGGCAUGGUAAUCUACAAGGUAUGCAAUAUUUUGCAACAACAGUUUCAUCAACAUCAACAUUAUCAACAAUCGAUAAUACAAAUAAUGCAUUAUUAUCAUCAGAUGAUGAUAUUAUUUGGAUUCCUCAACGUGAUAUUCGUGAUGAAAAUUCUUUAUUAGGUGAAUCAUCACGAAGUGUUAUUGGAAGUAUAGCAACAAAUGAUGGUUAUGGUGAUCAACAACUUCAAUGUAUUGUAUCAAAAUCAAAUGCAAAUUUAUCAUAUGUAUUUUAUACUGAACAAACUCAACAAGAAGAAGAAACUGAUACAAAUCUUGUUAUUCCGCCAUUUAUAAAACCAUCUAUAAAUGAAUCAAAUCCAAUUGGUGAAAGUGAUCGUUUACUUGUUGAUUCAUUAACAUUUAUUCAUAAUGAUAUUCAAUUAUCAACAAAUUCAUCACAAUAUCGUACAAUAAUGGAUAUUGUUAAUAAUUUACUUUUAUAUGUUGAACCAAAAGAAGAAGGUACUAAUAGUAAAUUAAGAAAACUUCGUUUACAAAUUCAAUUAGCUGAUAAUCUUCCUGUUUUACGUGAUAGUAUUCGUCAUUUACUUGAACGUGUUAGAUCAACAUUAGCUAAUUUACGAAGACUUGAACGAGAAAUUUAUUUUUUAAGUCGAGCAAAUACUAAUUUAGUUAAUUCUUAUUCAUCUGACGAAGAAGAUGGUGGUGGUGGUGGUGUUCGAGAUCAUACACUUUCAUAUACAUCAGAAGAAAAUGAAAAAUUACAAACAUUAUAUACUUCCGUUAAAGUUCAAUUAAAUAAAUUAGCAGAAAAAUUAGGCAUGAUGUGUGCAGUUUAUAAAGAUAUGCAAUUAGCACGACUUAUUAAAUUAAGAAUAGCAGCAACAAGUAAUAAAACUGCUCGAUUGGAACGACGAUAUGAACUUCAUGGUGGUUCAAUUACAUGGUUUAUUAAACAUGAAGAUGGACAAAUUACAAAUGCAGAAUUUCUAUUAAGAAAUAUUUUGUAUACUAAACGUUAUUUUGAAAAUGGUACAAAUGAACAUUCAAUAAGUAUUGGUCAAGCUCAAGUUGAAAAUUUAUUACCUGAUGAUCGAUAUCGAACAAUUCUAACAUCAAAUUGUCAACAACAACAUACAAUGAUACGUGUUUAUUGUAAAGAAGGAGAAUCUGUGGGUGGUAUUGCUGUAAAAGAACAUCUUGAAAUUAAUGUAGCACCACUUGUUAUUCAAAUGACACGUCGUUUUUCUCAAAUGUUAAUGGCAUUUCUUUUUCCUAAUAAAACUCAACAACAUAAUGAAAUACAACAAACAAAUAAUAAUCGAUCGAAUAAAUCUUCACUUAAACAUACAAAUUCAACUGCAUUCAAACGUCGAACAAGAUCAGCUGAAGGUGAAGAAGAAUUAUUAACUGGUCGAUCAUUAUUCUACUUUAGUAAUGUUGAUCUUGAUGCAAUGGAAAAACGUGCAAAAAAUACAUUAUCAUUUCAAUAUAUUAAAAUUCCUGAAGUAUCAUUAAUUGUUUCAUAUAAACUUCGAGGUACAAAAGAAAAAAAGAUUGGAGAUUUAGAAAAUGCACAUAUAUCAUUUCCAACACUUGAAUAUCGUAAUUUAACAUGUAGUUGGCAUGAUCUUGUUUUAAUUAUAAAAUCUGAUGUUAAAACAGUAUUACUUUCUCAAGCUAUUCGACAAAAUAUUAAUUUAAGAUUACCAUUUAUUGGAAAAUCUACUCGAGCACAAAAUCAACAAUUAUUAGCAACAACAAUAACAACAACAGGAGGAGGAGGACGAGUAGAAGGAACAACAAAUAAUUCGAUUUUAUUUAAUUCGGAUGCAAUUAAUAAUAAUGAAAUAUCGACUAUAAAUGAACAAGAAGAAGAAGAAGAACAGAAACAUAAAAUGAAACUUGUUCUUGGAACGAAAAUACCAAAGGAUCUUAUAACACAAUUUAAACGUCGAAAAGAUCCAUGA